UGUCUUCCUUCCUCUGCAAUCUUUUUUGUACUGAAUUUGACACUCUCCUUUUACUCUUCUGCCUAUAUAUGCAAAUUCAAACCAACUGCCCAGUUCUAACCGUUUGAACUGAUAUAGUCAGCCCAAUGGAAAGAGGAGAAUGUUCUACUCCUGUGUCCAACCCCUCCGACAAUGGUGAUGAUAUCUGGGCCAAACUUGGUUAGCCCCUUGUUCUUUUCUCUCUCUCUCUUGGAAUUCUGCCAAUUCUGCGUACCUUCAAAUUCGCAGUGCUCGGACAUUGGAUUGACGUCAACUGAGACACUAAUAUGCUCUGAGAUCAACAUCUCAUCGUCUGCAAAGUCUGAGUGGUGUAAAAUUAUAAGAAAUAUGGAUCUGGCUUCUGCCACAAUACAGAACAAGAGUGAAAACGAAAUCAUUGUGGAUGAGAUGGUUGUUUCUGGUGAAGAAACUGCGGUUAUCAGAUGUGGCAGUGAGAUUAUCCCCUGUUCUGAUAGUGAAGGAAAAGGGCUUUUGAGUUAUAGAUUUAAAGUAAUGCCUACCUCCGAACCAUUCAAGAGAGACCUGAAGAUUUUCCUGGAUCCUGAGCAUGCAAAGUGCUGCAUUUGUCUUAAUGUUUGGCAUGAUGUUGUGACAGUUGCGCCCUGCCUUCACAACUUCUGCAAUGGAUGUUUCUCAGAGUGGCUAAGAAGGUCCCAAAAGAAACAUUCAAAUGUUUUAUGCCCUCAAUGUAGAGCAGUUGUACAAUUUGUCGGAAGGAAUCAUUUUCUACACAGUAUUGAGGAGGAUGUAUUAAAAGCAGAUGAUUCGCUGAAGCGGUCAGUUGAAGAAAUUGCUGUCUUAGAUUCAUAUGCAUCAAUUAAGUCCCCUCUGGUCUUGAAUGCUGGGAAAAAAAAUCGUCGGAAGAGACCGCGUUCUCCACCAGAAGAUUUUCCUCGAGAAGCUGAUAGCGAUUUGGAGCUUCCAUGCCCUCAGUGUGGCACUGAAUUUGCUGGGUUUCGGUGCAACCAAAGCACAGUUCACCUUCAAUGUCAUUCAUGUGGUGGAAUGAUGCCUUCCAGAACGAGUGCUGUCCCACAACACUGUUUGGGAUGUGAUAGAGCAUUUUGUGGUGCUUACUGGAAUGCUCAGGGUGUUACUAGGAGUGAUUCUCAUCCAAUGUGCAGUUCUGAGACUUUCAAACCAAUCAUUGAACGUACAACCACUAGAUUGCCAUUUUGGGUACAUGAGAAAAACCGGCAUGAGCAAGAUAUAACGGAGAGUUGUAUCAGGCAGAUGGGAAGAUCAUUACAGGACGUGAUCUCUGAGUGGCUGACAAAGAUGAACAACCGAGAAAUAGAUCGAACAAGGAUGCCGCUAAAUCAUGCUGAGAUGAUUACUGCUCAGGCGCAUACUUGCGUUGAUUGCUAUGACAAAUUAGUCUCAUUCCUGCUGUACUGGUUUCGGAUCACAAUGCCAAAACAUUUUCUAUCCCCAGAAGCUUCUCAAAGGGAGGACUGCUGGUACGGCUAUGCAUGUAGGACGCAGCAUCACAAUGAAGAGCACGCUCGCAAGAGAAAUCAUGUCUGCCGUCCAACAAGGGGCAGUCACAGAUGAAUGUGUCAAGUUUCAAACUCUGCUUCAUGUUUUGCCAUCUUAGACGCUAGAAAUGUAUAUAUUACAAUGUUUUGCUGCUUCUGUUUC